CAUGCUUUCUUCAACUCUUUAUCCAGCUAGUCUUUUUUUUUCCCCCUUUAUUUAUUUUUUCACUAAUGCUUUCUAAAGUUAAAUGGGUACAUGAUAUUUAGACAUUGAAUAAUGUAAGCAACAUCUGUUAAAGAACAUGUGGAUAAACUCCUGCUCUACCAAGUUUCUACAUUGUAUUGCCGAAGCAACAUCCAGAUAUAGUAGCAGAGAUUGCAGGCUGAACUGAACUUCCAGUCACAUGGAAAAACCCUAUUUGAGCAAAGGUGAGGGGAAAGGAAAAUGGGAUUCUAACAACUUCAGCUUUGAAGAAGAUCAUUCAUGUGGAGUUUCAUGGCCUGCAAAACAAGUCUUCACAUGUAACUUUUGCAAGAGGCAAUUCAGGUCUGCUCAAGCUCUUGGGGGUCAUAUGAAUGUUCACAGGAAAGAUAGAGCAAGGCUAAGAUUGCUAACUUCAUCAUCUUCCGACAGUCAUAACCCUAACCCUAAUUUUACUUCAUCACCAUCAUCUUCAUCAUCUAAGUUCUUACCAUACACACAUCAUCCCUUGCCUUUUUUAUCUUUACCAUCAUCAUCUUCUAUUGAUGAAGAGAAGAAACUAGAGCUACCUCAUCUUGAUCCUUUGAAUAAUCCUCAAGGCAGGAACAAUAUGAAUAAGAAGAGGAUUAUUGGAGGUGUUUUAGGGUUUGAAGAAUUAAGGGGUACUUUUGCACAGAAAGAUGAGCUUAAGGUUUUGAAGAAGGAAGAUACAAUUAAAUUGGGCUUGGAGAUAGGGUUACUGAAGGAUCCACAAGAAGAUUUGGAUUUAGAGCUUCGACUUGGGUUUUUUUAGGUAGAAUCUUCAAUUUCUUUUGCAUUUUACUUGCCUGAUGAGAAGUCAAACUGUGGAUGGGGAGAGAUGCAUGGAUGAUAGAAUUAACUGUACUCUUAUCUCUUGCUCCUCCACUGGCUGACUAUGAACAUUGUUCUCUUAUGUUUUAUUU